UUUCUCGUCUAAAAUGUGAGUAAUUUCCAGACAUGCUACGAGAUGGAACGCUACCUCAAAGACGAGCCCAAAAUGCAAUCCUACAAAAAAAUCCCGGACAGCGCCAGAUGCAGCUGGUACGAAGUGACCAGCCUGGAGGAGUUUGCCGACCAUCGACUGGAUGGACUGAGCAGUGCGAGUUCGCCCAUCUCCUGGGACGGCGCGCUCAGUUGUGCAGUUUUGGUAAAACAGGAACCGAUCGACGAUGAAGAGGAAGAGGAGGACGACGACUCCUACCACCGGAACGGCGACACCUUGCAACUGAGGCUGGUGACAAGAAACCCAACCACUCUGACACCGCCCUCGAGCCCCGAGUCGGGUCCAGGACACAGCAACGGUAGUUCAAGUGCUGGCGAACUAGACGUGUGCAAUCUUAGACUGACUGGCAGUCACACGAGAAACACCAUCGUUCGCGUGAGGGCCUCCGCGCUGUCCCGAUUCAUCUCCAUGGUACCUCGGGCAGGUACCGCCAAUUCCAACGCAUCCCCCGUAUCUGCUAAGGCUAGGUUAGAUCAGUCUCCGGACUCAAAACGACGAAUACACAAGUGCCAAUUCCUCGGAUGUAAAAAGGUCUACACGAAAAGCUCCCACUUGAAGGCCCACCAAAGAACGCAUACCGGUAAGUGUGGCAACGUCGCCCUAGAUCUAGAUGAGUGCGACCAAUCAAACUGUGAGAAACUCAUUUGUUAUCGCGCGACAGCCUACGUGAUUGCGCGAGGUGUCAAGAGCGUGCGUUUGUCACAUGUCUCAACUCACACGACCGGUGUCACAAUUACACUUUUCACACUAAUGAGUUUGUCGAUAUUUCGACAAUGGCUGGUCGACAUUACGAUUAAAUCACUACCCGCUAAAACAUUAGACAGUCGCGCCUCGUUAAGCGAGCGACACAACCGGAGCAGAAUAAGAGCGAAACGCAAACACCGGAAUUUUUAUUCCCGUUUCCGCUACAGAAUCGCAAAGUUUUCGUUUUAUUUCGACGGAUACUUGAGGAAAUCUGGAAAACUUGAUUUGCCUCAUUUAUUUUAUAUUUACCUCCAGCACCGGUCCGCCUGAGUGGAUGUUGGCCAACGAAAAAAUCAAGUGUUUUGUUUUUACGUUUCAUUUUGCCCGGGAAUGAUUGAUGAGCAGUUCAUCAAAGCACAGGUUUUCAGAUGUGGAAAAUCGAACUAUUUUGUUGGACCACACUGUAUAUUUUGUAGCUUGCAUAGGCAACAUUAGCAGUAGGCCUGGGUAA